CUUGUUUCUCUUUCGGUUCGGUCGUGUUCGGCGCAGCUCUAUGGGGGCGAGUAUUCUCCCAGAUCUCGGGGCCGAGAUUUUGAUUCCGUUCUGCGCGGUGGUCGGAAUCGUCUUCUCUCUGCUCCAGUGGGUCUACGUGUCACGUGUUCAGCUCUCGCCGGCGAGAGACUCCAAUUCUAACUCCACCGGAAAAAAUGGCUACAACGAUUACCUUAUCGAGGAGGAAGAGGGUGUUAACGACAACAACGUUGUUCAGAAGUGCGCCGAAAUCCAGAACGCCAUCUCCGAAGGAGCAACAUCAUUUCUUUACACUGAAUAUAAAUAUGUUGGUGCUUUCAUGGUGGCAUUUGCAAUCUUGAUAUUCGUUUUCCUUGGCUCUGUGGAGGGAUUUAGCACUAGUGGCCAUAAAUGUGCUAAUGACGAAACAAAGAUGUGCAAACCUGCUCUUGCAACUGCCUUAUUCAGCACUGUUUCCUUUUUGCUUGGUGCUAUAACUUCAGUGGUUUCUGGAUUCCUUGGUAUGAAGAUUGCUACUUAUGCAAAUGCCAGAACUACUUUGGAGGCAAGAAAAGGUGUUGGGAAGGCUUUUAUAGUUGCAUUUAGAUCAGGUGCUGUUAUGGGAUUUCUCCUUGCUGCAAAUGGUUUAUUGGUUCUUUACAUUGUGAUCCUUGUCUUCAAGAUGUACUAUGGUGAGGACUGGGGUGGUCUUUUUGAGUCCAUAACUGGUUAUGGUCUUGGCGGAUCUUCUAUGGCUCUCUUUGGCAGAGUUGGUGGAGGCAUCUAUACCAAAGCUGCUGAUGUUGGUGCUGACCUUGUUGGCAAAGUUGAAAGGAAUAUUCCUGAGGAUGACCCAAGGAACCCAGCUGUGAUUGCUGAUAAUGUUGGGGACAAUGUUGGGGAUAUUGCCGGAAUGGGAUCUGACCUCUUUGGAUCAUAUGCUGAGUCAUCAUGUGCUGCUCUUGUUGUUGCUUCAAUUUCCUCAUUUGGGAUCAAUCAUGAGUUAACUGCAAUGUUAUAUCCUCUCAUCGUCAGUUCCAUUGGUAUCAUUGUUUGUCUGAUCACCACCCUUUUCGCAACUGAUUUCUUUGAGAUCAAGGCUGUAAAGGAAAUUGAGCCAGCAUUGAAGAGGCAACUCAUUAUUUCCACUGUACUGAUGACUGUUGGAGUUGCGAUCGUUACAUGGAUUUCUGUUCCUUCUUCCUUCACCAUCUUUAAUUUUGGAACCCAGAAAGUUGUUAAGAACUGGCAACUGUUCUUAUGUGUGUGUGUGGGUUUGUGGGCUGGACUUAUCAUCGGAUUUGUAACAGAGUAUUAUACCAGUAAUGCGUACAGCCCCGUGCAAGAUGUUGCUGAUUCGUGCCGGACAGGAGCUGCUACUAAUGUCAUUUUUGGCCUGGCAUUGGGAUACAAAUCAGUCAUCAUUCCUAUUUUUGCCAUUGCCAUUAGUAUUUAUGUUAGUUUUAGCUUUGCCGCUAUGUAUGGUAUUGCUAUAGCUGCCCUUGGAAUGCUUAGCACCAUAGCGACUGGAUUGGCCAUUGAUGCAUAUGGUCCGAUCAGUGACAAUGCUGGAGGUAUUGCUGAGAUGGCAGGCAUGAGCCACAGAAUCAGAGAGAGAACGGAUGCUCUUGAUGCUGCAGGAAACACAACAGCUGCUAUUGGUAAGGGUUUUGCAAUUGGCUCUGCUGCUCUCGUGUCCCUUGCUCUCUUUGGUGCCUUUGUGAGCCGUGCUGGAAUUGCAACAGUUGAUGUGUUGACUCCAAAAGUGUUUAUUGGUUUGAUUGUGGGUGCAAUGCUUCCCUACUGGUUCUCUGCCAUGACAAUGAAGAGUGUGGGAAGUGCUGCUCUGAAAAUGGUUGAAGAAGUACGCAGGCAAUUCAACACCAUCCCUGGCCUCAUGGAGGGUACUGCCAAGCCUGACUAUGCUACGUGUGUUAAGAUCUCUACUGAUGCUUCCAUCAAGGAAAUGAUUCCACCUGGUGCCCUUGUCAUGCUUACGCCCCUCAUCGUCGGGAUCUUUUUUGGUGUGGAGACUCUCUCCGGUGUCCUUGCUGGAUCCCUCGUCUCUGGUGUACAGAUCGCAAUCUCUGCAUCCAACACUGGUGGUGCUUGGGACAACGCCAAGAAGUAUAUUGAGGCUGGAGCUUCUGAACACGCAAGGAGUCUUGGUCCCAAGGGUUCAGAUCCACACAAAGCAGCUGUCAUUGGUGACACUGUUGGAGACCCUCUCAAGGACACAUCUGGCCCAUCUCUCAACAUCCUCAUCAAGCUCAUGGCCGUCGAGUCCCUUGUCUUUGCACCUUUCUUCGCCACACACGGUGGCCUCCUUUUCAAGCUCUAAAUGAAAACCCGAGAUAUCAGACAAGCGAGAAGUAGUCCAAGCUCCCCUCUCCCCAUCAAGUGCCGCAUUUCACCCCAAUUCUCGGACGUUAUCAAGCUCACCUCCAUCAGCCGAUCCUUUCACCUUGUCACCUUAUUGGUCUGUAGGACAUGUUUUAGCCUUUUCAGUAGUUUCUGAGAUUAGAAUUGACGGGAAAAGCCUGAAAAUUUUCCCCCUUUGUCAUAGGGGUUGAUGUAACGUGGAAUGGUGAUUGAAAUUGAUAAUGAUGAUGAUGAUAUAUGAAACCUCUUGACUGUUGCAUUUCCCAUGAUAUUAGAAACAAAAUAAAAAAGUUUACUAGUUCAAUUAUAUAUUUGUGGUAAGUGGAACUUUUUUCCUUCUCUUUAC